AUGAAAUCUCUUCCGCACUCCGACCCGAGAAGCUUCUCCCGGCAGGUGGAAAUCCACAGCCAGUACUGCACCGGGUCGUUUCACCAGCAGCACUCUGAUCUCCUGGCUCGGGUCCACAGGAGCUGGCUCUUCUUCCCCUGGCACCGGAUGUUCCUCUACUUCCACGAGAGGAUCCUCGGGAGCCUGAUCGGCGAUGAGACCUUCGCGCUGCCGUUUUGGGGUUGGGAUUCACCUGACGGGAUGACCCUGCCAGAGAUCUACCUAAUCGGGUCGUUCAACGACAACCACCGCGACCCGACCCAUUACCCGCCCACCGUGGCAGAUCUGAACUUCCAGAGGCUGGAUCCAACCAGAUCUAUGUCGGAGGAGCAUGUCCGACUCAAUUUGGCCCUGAUUUACAACCACAUGGUCUCCGAUGCCAAGAUGGCGGAGCUCUUCAUGGGUUGCCCUUUCAAAACAGGGGAGUACGAGGAAUGUCCCAAGUCGAUUGAGUGGGCGCCGCACAACCCGCCCCACACUUGGCUCGGGUCGCCGGAGAUCGACGGGAGGCAAGACAUGGGAGCCUUCUACGCGGCGGCGAGAGAUCUGAUCUUCUACGCCCACCACUCAAUAGUCGACCCACAAGGAUUUUGA